AUUCCGAUAGUACCCUGGGGGACAUAGACCCUCUCAGCAUUAAUUGGCUAUUAAACGUGUCGCCGAGGACACCAGCCAUUUUUACCAAUGGCAAUGCAUUUGUCAACACUUUGCUAUGUGAUGCUCUCUCGUGACGUGCUUGCUCAAUCCUACUCCUAGUUUGUAACUCCGGGCCUCAUUUUCACAAAUGUGCUAAACUAAGCCAUGGUGCUUAACUAGGCUUAGGCCGAUGUGCUUAUCUGUGUUCUCGGUAACACUCUUGGCCCUAGUCUAGAAGACAUGUCCCACAAGACUUUAUGUCUACAAUACAAUACACAAUGGGCCAUGUCUUCUAGACUAGCUCGACACUGUUACCUAUUAAUAGUACUAUUUUAUAUUUAACUUAAGUCAUUUUUCAGCUAACAACGGAUCACUAGCUAUACAUUGGCUUUGUGAUAAAGUCAAGUAUUUGUCACUAGUGAUGGGACAAGCUCUCUUUACGCGAAUAUUGGAGAGAGGCUACAUGACUCAAGAUGACUUUCCAAGAAACAGAUCCGAUAGAGUAACAGAGCAGGAUGAUAAUACAGUCGCACCCACAUUUCCAGACUUAAAGGAGUUGCCUCCAGAACUAGCGCUGGGGAUCCUGUCUCACCUGGGAGCCACUGAUCUGUGUCUCGCAUCCUGCGUCUGGAAUGAACUAGCUGAUGAUGAGGUGCUCUGGGAAAGUAUGUGUAGGAAUACGUGGCAGUAUGUCUCCAUAUAUUGGGAUAAAACUACAAUGCUGACAUGGAAGCAAAUCUAUCUUCUCCUGGAUGAGGGCAGCUUAACUUUCAAUGCUGAUGCAUCAAUGGGAAUGGCAUAUUUUUUCAAAAAUGGUCUCCUUAAAGACUCACCAGUGGAUAUUGCAAAGUUCUUUCAUUCAACACGGCAGCUGAGCAACAAACAAGUGCGCAUCUACUUAGAAGAAAGACUGUUGAUUAGUAGAGCACUGCGUGUUCAGACUCUGCUAUUAGCAGUCCUUUCUUGCAGGCCCUAUGUACUCGACUACCUGUUAAAUAUGCAGAGCUAUGAGCGAGAGUUCUUGCCCAAUGCCUUGCGUAAGCUCUUCGCACGGAUAGAAGCCCCAAGUGAUAGAGGAAGCUACCUAGCAACUCUGCUGCAGAAAUUCUCCAAACGCUUCUGCCAGUGCAAUCCCCAGACUGGCCUUCAAACAGACGACGUCUUCGUUCUCUGCUAUUCCCUCAUCUUGCUCUCUGUCGAUCUGUUCUGCCCGCACGUGAAGAACAAGAUGUCGAAGCGAGAAUUUAUCCGUAAUGUGCGCGGCGCAAUCCCCAAUUCUAACGACGAUCUCGCGGGGCACCUCUACGACAACAUCUACCUGGUCGGACACAUCGCUCCCGGUGAUCGAUUGUGACACCACGCUGACGAAGGACGCUGACACCAUUUACGUCGGUUACUCCAUGGUGGGACAUAGGUGGCGCUAACGACAUGCGGUUGAUCAUUGGUGUGGAACAGCAGUGUAAAAAUGUAAUCAUAGAGGGCAGCACUGAGCAGUAAUAGGCGGGUAAAUAUAGAAUGUGCUUUCCAGAGCGCUCAAAAUGAAAGGAAAGGAGUGAGGAGGCUACAGACAAACAGGAAGGUUGAGGUAGGUUAAGUAGAAACCAGGGAUUCUUACUGUAAAAACGAUGAAUACGUUCUUACAGUAAAACGUUGUUAUGACACAAGGUAUUUUCCUGAUGCCUAAAGGAAUCGCGAGAUAAUCCUGAUGUCUGCCUCAUUAGCUUUUACUUUAACAUGUAGAUAUUACGCAUGUUUUUAGAGUAGGUGGUAUUUUGUGAGGAGUCUGUUGGUGUACUGAAUGCAUCUUGAAGUGUGGAGCGAAUGUGGUAAAAAUAACUUGGAACGUUUUUAGGUUUUAUAGUCUGUGCUAAGGAACAACCAGCAAGGUUAUACCUAAUCACUUACUAUAGUUUGUGAACAUAAGAGUGAAUGCAGAUGGAACAUAAGAGUGGGAGCUUACAGGAAUGUAUUGAUCCACGAAGCUGGGAAUCCAAGCACUUAAUGCUACUGCUCAGAACUACAGUUCCCCCUCUAGAUGAAAUUGCCAGUACAAAUUGACUGCAGCAGGGAGUGUAGCCACCAGAUAAACCGAGUAAAUACAAGGUUUCUACUUCUGACGGCACGUAGCCAGUUACUGUGGUGUGUAUACAUUAUACAGGUAACAUAGCGUGAUUGCUUUUAUAAAUCUUUGCAUGUGUUGAAGCUCUGGUGUGUUAUGCGAUCAAAUAAUACUACUGCAAUGUACAUACAAAGUGUACAUGUUUAGUACACUAGCUCGAUAGGUGUUAAUUAUUUUAUAGAUGGUACUAGUUGUAAUGGUUACCAAUAUAAGACAGUGUAUAGUCAGGAACUGAUAAUCACGACGAGAGUUCAGUUAUGGCUUCUACGCCUACGUAUGCAUAGAAGAGGUUUCUAUUCAUUCAUGCCAAGUAUCUAUGAGCCUAUCCUCACCAGGGAAAACCCAGUGCAAUACACCUACUGUGUGCUUGCGUGCGUGCGCAUGUGCCAUGUUGCAUGGUCGUAUUACUUACCUGUACUACACACAUCACUCAGCGCGAGACUAGGCUGGGGAAAUGUAUGCAAUUCGUAUUCCGUACCAGGUUGUAAAUAGCAUCAUAGUGACUUCGCUGGCAGACAGAGAUAGUUGCUUGUAGCAUGUGACCCCGUGCGAUGACUGCGUUGGUCAAUGCGCGGUUAUCGUUAAAAUGUUUCCAUGUUGCAGUUAAAACUAUUCGCGGGCAUUCCUGCCCGUAUUUUGACUCCUUGGGCACAUCGCGUGCUGUGGGGAGGUGGGGAGGGGAUAGGGCAAAGGGGAUGAGCUACAGGUGUCGUCACUGAUAUAUCUCUACUGCUAUUAUCUAGGAAGCCCUGGGUGAGAGAUCAGUGUCAACCCAGUCUGUUGGCACUUUUAGUAAUAGUUUGUAGAAUUGUCAAUCAUUCCACCCCAUUCCAUCCCCCAUACACACACAUACUACAUCUGCGUGCACGCGUAGGCCUACCCCUGCACACGAAAUACCGAUAUCGACACACAGACAUGCACAAGCACACGCACCACAUCCCCCCAUGUACGGGAUAUGUAAGUGAUGUGAUUUCUAUAGUGUCUGCGUAAACAUGUAGAUAGAAAGAUGCUGGUUGUCGUUUUAUAAUAGUAAACGCUGCUCAGUGACAUGACGUGAGCUGUGUGCACUGCGCAUACAUGUAUGUCAAGAAUACAUAAUAGAGAUUAUAUGUACUAUUAUGUACUCUUGAUGUAUGUGCACACACGCGUACAUGUGCUCCCAAGAUUGCACAUUGUGUGCGCGUGUGCGCGAGGAAACUGUGAUAGUUGAACUAAUAAUUGGAGUUAUAUAUAUAUAUAUAUAUAUAGUUGUUUAGAACCAGACGUGUUCUAGGUUAGUGGCUAUAGUAAUCGUUCAAUGUUUUGCUUGUUUGCAAACUAUUAUUUAAUUGUUGUCGCAUUUCAACCGUUUGUUGUCGAUAUUAUCUUUACUGUCGUAGAGAAAUAGGCGCUAGCAUUUUCUCAGCGGCUGUCAUCGUUACGCGCAGUUGUGGAGCCAGCAUACGUACGGGAAUGUACACUGCAUGUCUGCAAUGCCGAACGGAUGUAGAAAUCAUACACAUCUGACAGAUCUGGUUGUCUUUAUUAACUCCUGAUGUUGAUGUACGUGUUUGUCGAACACGAAAGCACAAGAGCGUUCGUUUCAAAUAACCAUCUUUCACAGGUAUCGAUUUUCUAUAGCGCGUUGAAUCCUUCGCUGUCGUUCAGUAAUGCAUGAAACGUGCGCGCGCAAUUGCUGAGAGAGGAAAGAGAGAAAGAGGGCGAGUCAUUGUACCCCGGGUAUUGUACACGUACGCCGUCAUUACGCAAUUGCAUUCAUGAUUACCGCAUUUGUAACCAAAAUCACGAAAGCUCACUGGGGACGCUGCGUACGGUAUUCAGUCAACGCGGACGUAAAUAUGUCAUCAUCAUGCAUGCGAAUGUGACCGCCGGCGGUGGUGCGGUCCCGUCGAAUUGUCGUAGUCAUGACAGCGCGCAUCUGUCGCCUGUGAUUGGCAGUAGCGGCUAAUCGCGUGUCAAUUAGGAAAUUUCCGUAUCACCAAACCGGUGACAGAGACGGUGGGAGGGAGGGAGAGACGGGGAGUAGGAGGCAGG